UUACUUAUAUCCUGUCCUUUUCUCACUCCUUAAAGCAGUCUCAUUAGGCCUGCUGGGCCAAAGGAUCCAGUGUGCCCCUGCUAGGGCUGGGCUUGCACAGGGGAAAGCCCUGGGCAUGUUAUCCCUACCCAGUUGAGGGUUAUCAUAGUCGUAUGGUCUCUUAAGAGGAUUGCAUUUUGGUGCAGUGAUGUGUAAUUGCUAAUCUCUUGACUACAAUGGAACUGGAGAUAAGUAUUUUUCCUUUCAGGACAUUGUAUUUGAGCUAGCUUGUGUUAGCAUAGGUGUUCCAGAGUAAGUUAAAAGCAAUAGUUUGACAUUUUGGGAAAUGUGAUUAUUACCUGUCUUGCUGAAGGUUAAAUGAGAAGAUUGAUACCACUAUGAUACCACUAUCCUGUCUGUAAGAUAACAAUGAAGCCUGAGUCAGGAGUCAGUUAGCGUAUCCUAGCUUGGUGUUAAGACUGGAAACAGGAGGAAACAGCUAGCCUAGCUCUGUCCAGAGGUUAUGAAAUCUGCCUGCUAGCACCAUCUUAAUGCACUCCUUUGUCCACACAAAAAUCAACACAAGUUGCAGUUAUACAAUGUAUAACAUGUUCAUUUGUGAGCUUUAGUGAUGCUGGCAGAUUUUGUUACCUUAGCUAGCUGUCUCCCCCUGUUUCCAAUCUUUGCGCUAGGCUAAGCUAACUGUCUUCUGGUACCAGUUUCUUAUUAAGCAGACAAACAUGGGUGUGGUGUUGAUCUUCUCAGCUAACUCUCCACAAGAAAAUUAAUAAGUGUAUAUCCCAAUAUUUUGAACCAUUUCUUCAACAAUGAGUUUUCUUUAUCAUAUUGUGUACAUGUUGUGUUUGUCAGUGUGAUCCUCUGUCUCCUGUCCUGUGUGUCAAGGUGACGGUGCUACUCUGAUAAUGUCAGGGGAACAUUGUCCGCUCUCUCCGGACAUCACAGCUGUCACAUCGCAGACAUCUCAAACACAUCAGCUACAUCCUCAGCCCACACACACACACACACACACACACACACAGCUGCUCACCAGGAAGACGGUUGCAGUAAAACAUUAUUUUCAGAGCAGCUUUGCCUUAAGGUUUCUCACCUUUUUUUGUUCACAAAAAAACAUACUGUGCAGACUAUUAGAGAAGCGGUAGAGGAAUACAGUUCGCAAACAAAGAGGGUAAUUAUUCAUUGUCCUGAAAAAUCUAUAAAAAUCUAUAUUGCUGUGAAAGCAUCUUGCACCUCUGUAGAUACAGAAAUGACUGGUGUUCGGCUGUAGCUACAGGUUCUUUGUUUGCCUGUCAAAAUGUCUGUGCAUCCAAUGACCCGUACCUUUAUUGAAUCCAAACUAGAUUUUCCCAUGUGACUGAAGAUGUGGUGGAAUGUGCACUAACCCUUCCUUGUGUAUUUACAUGAAAACAUAACGUCAGCCUGCAGCAAGCGCGAUGAACAUAAGGGAAUGGCUCUGUUUCUUUUGGUUGGACAGUCAUGUUCUGUGCUGUAGAGUAUGUUUGUAUAAAACAAAGGUACGGUUCCCAUGUUGUGUUACUCCUCACAUUGUCUCAGAGAAAAUAUCCCAACCCUAUGAAGCUGGAAUUAUUCAUGACUUUUACGCAUUCUUGAUGUGAAACACUGCAACUCCCCAGACCUCAGACGUUGACAGCUGACAAAGGUUAAAUAACAAAACAACCUUCUAGGUGAAGUCACAGGAUCUUUCCCUUGCUAGCUUUUUUUCCUACUGUCUCACACCUUCUGCUCAUCCUCCAAAUCUCAUUUUCUUUUCUCUCCAGCUCAUUUGCCAUGUCUAAGACGGCGGUGAAGAAGCUGCACUGGCGUUCCAAGGUGCAGGACAGCUUCGUCCCCUUGCUGGGCUCGUCGGGGGAGCUGGGGAUCGCUGUUGGCGGAGGAGCAGAUUAUGGAGAGUUUCCUUUUGUCACGGCGGCUCCUGGGGGUGGACUCACAGUGGGUGAUAUCAUCCUAGAAAUUGGGGGAACACCUGUGUUAGGGAUGACAUUAGGAGAUGUCCGUGGUGUUCUCAACUCCUGCCCCCAUCCUGUCCGCAUCAAAACUGUGUCACCAGGCUCCACAUUGUGCAAGGAUCUCAGGUUGUAUCUGAGUAAGUGCUUCACACCCGGCUCAGUGGACAGCCAACUUCAGCAGGUCAUCCGAGAGAACCUCUACCUCCGCGCUGUGCCCUGUACGACCAGACAGCCCAGAGACGGGGAAAUCACAGGGGUAGAUUACAACUUUGUCUCCAUUGAGGAGUUCUUCUCCCUGGAGGAGUCGGGAGCACUGCUUGAGAGUGGCAAGUUUAAAGGAAAUUACUACGGCACACCUCGGCCCGUUCACAUCAGCGCAGAGAGCCCCCCCAUCACCUACCAGGAACACCGCAACCUGCUCAGAAACUUCCGCACACGCAGCAAAUCGCUCAGCAACCUGGAGAAGGCUGCAGAGGACGGCGAAAACAGCGAGGACGACUCAGGCCUGUCAGGAGGAUCUGCAGGCCUCAGCAGCCACCGUUCCCCCGGUCGGCCCCGGGCGUCCAGCAGCGGCGGGGAUGGUGGUGCCGUAGAGAACGGGAUCAUUGGCAGCAGAGGUAGUGCCAGGGUGAGAGCUGUGAUGCCUGAUCACUGGGAGCAGGCCUUCAGUGACCCAGGAGAGUCUUAUUACAUAGAUCGCAACCCAAAGAGAACCAGCUGGCAGAGUCCUCGAGCCUCAAGCAGGGAGACGGUCUACAAAAAUGAAUGGUUCACAGACCAGCCUGGUGAGCUCAGGGGUUUCCCCGUGCACACACACUUGACCAAGGGUUCCAGAGGGUUUGGUUUCAAUAUUGUGGGGGGCAGCAGGCCAAGAGAGUUCCUCCAGGUCUACAGCGUGACUGCAAGUGGACCUUCAGCACUCAAGACAGCGGACAUCCUUGUGUUCAUCAAUGACGUUUGUGUGUUGGGAGUGUCUCACAAAGAGGUGGUGGAGAUGCUGAAGUCGGUGCCUGUGGGCCACAGCGUGGAUGUAGAGGUCAGAAGAGGGUAUCCCAUGCUCUACAACCCGGACGGCUGUCCCAAGCAGCCCCCACCAAGGCUAAUGGACAGUGGGGAACCCAUCCUACCACCCACCACCACCCAGCCUCAGCCUCUUCAUCACCAGCUAUCUCGCCUCCCGACGCCCACUCCCCAGACCCAGCACUUUAACUUUAACGGGGUCCAUGGUGACGGGAGCUACAUGGAACCAGGGGUGACUCUAGACGCUAAUGGAAACGCAACAUCUUUCGCAGUCAGGCAGCCGCCCUCAUACAGACGCUCCAGCAUGAGCAAUGCUGUCUCUUCGUCCCCUGUGCGCUCACCUCGUCAUCUGAGAAGUUUAGCUAGGCUGCAGUCGCUCGACCAAACCCUGGCCAGCCAGAGUGACAGUGAAGUUGUUUCUGCGAUUGGUUCACACAGGGCAUCAGUGAUUCGUAACCACAACAAUAACUCCCUCUCAGCACCCUCUCAUCCUUUACGUUACGGCACGUCCAAGUCGUCCGAGAGUGACUUGUCCACCUGCACCCUGUCCGGGUCCCGCCUGCCCCUGCCUCAGUCACCCAGAAGGCCGUCAUCCUCCCCUGGCGGACCCCGCAGCGCUCACUCCCGCCUCUUCAGACCACAGACGACCUCCCACCUCAGACCUCCCCCUACCCCCGACAGCCCCCACCACCGCAGCUUCAACGGUUACCACGGCAACGCCAGCCCCACUGCGAGCCCCACCAGCUUGUCCUCUCCAGGGGCGAUGAGCGUGGGCAGCGGGUUUGGCAGCGGAGGGGAGCUGGUGCCGGUGGCCUUGGCCCAGGCCGAAGGAGACCGAGGCCUCGGCUUCAGCGUGACAGCCGGCGGUUCGGGAGGAAGGAUGACCAUAGUGAAAAGAGUCUGGGACAGGAAGCAGUGCAACUCUCUGCAGCCAGGGGAUGCUAUUGUCAAAAUCAAUGGAGCUGAUGUCCAGAGUCUUAGCUUUGCACAGGUACAAACAAUCCUCCAAGAACACACCAAACAGGGAGAAGUCAUCUUAUUGGUUUACAGAGGAGGCAUCUAUCAUUCAACCGUUUCCCCUAUUCGAAGGCUCCCCCCGCCUCUUCUCCGUCCACCUCCUCCACCUCUUGGUUCAGAGGACUCCACUGUGCUCCCAGAAGCGCUGCCCGUGCCCCGCACCUCCUUCAGCACUCCUCCCUCCCCAGCCCCAACACGUUCCUCGCUGAUCCAGAGCACCAGUUUCUUGGAGUCGAUUCCGGUGACCCUGACGAUGGAGCCCAAAGACUGGAUCAACACGGGCCUGGAGGACGACACGGGUGGCAUCACGGUGCCCAGUUCAGGUCUGGAGAGGCAGGGCGGUGAGCGUGUUCGGCCGCUGCGAGGGUUUGACGUGGAGCUGAGGAGAAAGCCAGGAGAGGGCUUUGGGUUCGUCAUUGCCUCUCAGGAUGUAGAGAAUGGCAAAGCUGCUUCUCUUCUCCCUCACCGGUUUGUGACGGUCCGCCGAGGCAGCCCGGCAGCCAAGAGCGGGCAGAUCCGGCCUGGAGAUCGACUGGAGGCAGUAGAGGGACGCUCAGUGGUGACUCUGCCUCAUCGGGAGCUUGCUCAGAUACUUCGACGAGUGGGAAACACUCUACGGCUCACCAUUGUCCCCCGUCCAAGCACCUACUCUUCAAGCCUCUCAGAAACGACUGAAUAUGACCCUGGUCACAGAAGCAGAAAAGGUCAGAGGUCGCGUCCAAAGCGUGACUCCAGGUAUUACAGUGUAGACCUGGAUCGUGGCCCCUCGGGCUUCGGCUUCAGCCUCCGAGGGGGCAGUGAGUACAACAUGGGCCUCUACGUCCUGGGACUGAUGGAGGGGGGGCCAGCCUCACGGAGCCAAAAGAUGCAGGUGAGCGAUCAGCUCGUGGAGAUUAAUGGGGACAGCACAGCUGGGAUGACCCACAGCCAGGCUGUCGAGCAGAUCCGUAGAGGGGGUCAUCGCAUCCACCUGGUGCUCAAGAGAGGAAACGGCUACGUGCCUGACUAUGGCCGUGAGCACAGAAUCACCUCCCCCUCCCUCUUGCGUCACCCCAAGGAGCAGGGUUUGGCUGCAGUAGACUCCACCGGGCGGAGGGGGCGCAGCUCCAGGCAGAAGAGGAGAAGCAGGUCUUCAGACGGACGCGAGAAAGAGAAAGGGACCAGGAGGAGAAGAAGAGGGGCCUCAGAGGGAGGGGGACGCUCUCGUUUGCAGAGCCCCGUCUCCGAGCAGGGGGAGAGGUCUCGGGAAGACAGGGACAGGGGGAGGAGGAGGAAAGGGAGGAGAGAAGAGUCUCAGAGUUUACCCAGAGAUGCCCUCAGGAAUUAUGAUGACAGUGACACAGAGAGAGGAAGAGUGAGGGGAAGAAGAAGGGAGAGGGAGAGGAGAAGCAGAAGCAGAGGGAGGAAAAGCAGGAGCGGGGAGAGGGUGAGGACGGUAGAGGGUGAGGAGGAGCCUGAGGAAGUGCAGGAGGUACCUGCAGUUGAGGACAGGGUGGGGAUGGCAGAGGGUGAAGAGAAGCCUCAGGAGGAGCCGGAGGAAGCGCAGGAGGUGCCUGCCAUUGAGGAGAGGGUAGAAGAUAAGGAUGAGGAGGUGGAGGAGAGAGUGAAUUUAGAGAGAGGAGAGAGUGAUGAGAAUAUUAUUCUACCCAUUCCAAGUCCGAAACAAAAGCUUCCCAGACCCAAACAAAUCUGGGAGGAGGAGAGUGAUGAAAACUGGGACAUGGCACUAGAGUACAGGGAACUGAGGAAGGAGAAGGAGCUGGAGAGCGAGCACGAACAGGAGCAAGAGCAGGAGCAGGAGCAGAAGAGGCCAUGGGAUGACGACAGGGCCGACCAUAAAGAGACGGAGCUGAAUGAGGAUGAGAAAGACGAUGAUGCGCUGAGUGGGCACAUCGAGAGGCCUUUACCGAGCGCUGCUGUGAUAGAUUCAAUGUCACACAGAAAGCCCUUCUCCUUCCUCACCUCCACAGUGUCCGUAGAGCAGCUGUGGGACGAUGAGUCAGAGUCUGGAGGCAGCCAAUCUGACGGCAGCGUGUCUGCUGCCAGCAUCUCAGGCCUUUCUCUGGCCGCCGCUGAAGCCGGCGGGCGCAAGGCCGCGGUGCUGCCAGGCCCCUGGCUCACACCCAGCCGACAGAGGGUGGCGCAGGUCACAGAAGGGAACAGGCACCCGGGAAGGCAGACUGGGCAGGGGGGAGGAAGAAGCGCUGUCUCAUAACUUUGGACAGGAAGUAGAGCAUCUGAAUGACACUGUAUCAGAUUCUGUCCAUCUCACACUGUUAGACCUCGACUUGUUUUCUGCAGCUGCCCACACUACCAACAUUUUCUCUCAGUCACUUUGAUAAUCUACAGUAGUAUGAAGUCAUAUUCUUUGUGCCUUUUUACAGCUGACCUCUGGCUGAUGUUACAUGUCACUAUCACAUUUUAACUUGUAAAUGACACCAACAUGGUUAACGGUCGCCGUUGACACCGUGACAACAUCGUCUUUCUUUUAGUCUGAGGCCCUCGUUAUGUUACGCAUUAUUAUGUCUCUUUACAUUUGCCUCAUAUAUGGUAGAUAUUUCCAGGACAACAAGGUAUUUCGGACACUUCUGUUCCAACCUACUUCCUGUCUCACCUCUCUGUUUAACACUCCAGCAGAGUGUCCUCUCUUAAAUACCCCCCGCACUGUAAAAAGACUUAUCACUUAUACCUCAUGAAGACACUGAGCAAUAAUAAUGCAACAGUCCAAGACUAUCAGCCACUCAUAUCCACUGCACCACGUCGAUCUGGUCUGAGAGGAAACGAUGUAACGUGUUUGUACGAUAUCCUCUUUUGUCUUAUGUGGACACUUGCCUCAACUUGUAAUGUUGUUCUAUAUAACUGAAUAUAUGAUUGUGAUAAUGCAAAUCCCUUUUGACAGCAGGUGUGAAAUCUAUACUCUGUAAAUAUUUGUAGAGAAAUAAAUGACAGAACCUAUUGUAAAUACUAUACUAACUGGAGCCAGGCCCUGAUUUGUAUUACUGUAUUGUAAUACAUCAUGAUAAAUCUAUCUAUCUAUCUAUAUAUAUAUAUAUAUAUAUAUAUAUAUAUAUAUAUGAAUAUAUGCAGUAUAUCUAUAUAUUACAUACAACAGCUACACAUUCAUAUUAUUUAUUAUCGUGUGAUGAGAAAUAACAUAUAGCUUUUGUGAAGGCUCAAAAUGUAAACAGAUUAUGAACUAUAUUGUACCUGCCCUAUUCAUAAAUGAAUGUUUUGUAAUAUGCUGCUUGAGUGUGGAUUAAGAUGCUCUGUGUUGUACCCUACUUCAGAAGUCAGCAAAAGAUGCCAAAAAUAUGCAUCCGAUGUGCAUAUUUCAAGUACUGUUAAUAUUGUGUAUGUGUGGUCAGAACAAAAAGAAAAAACACUGUCUAGAUUCUAGAGAGUGCUGUGCCCAUCGUGCCACGUACAGUUGCCUUGGUAACAUAAACCACUUUAUUCCUAACCACUGAUUUUUCUUACUGUGAAAACCCUUGCUCCGAGGUCUCUAAUACGAGAGGAGGGCGGGCCGUUUAGUAAUUUCAGUCAUGCCAAAACACAAAGAGAGAAAAAAAAAGGUCCUUACUGUAAAUCCACAGAAAUAUAAAUCAUAAGCCUCUGCAGAAUCUGAGCUCAGUGUUGCGUCUGAGAUGACAAAAUAGCACAUGAUUUUGUUUUGCUCUCUUUUUUAAGCGUUCUGUUAUGGAGAGAAAAAAAAAACAGGAGCCAAGCUGAAUGGAUACUGUGAGAUGUUAUUUUUCUAUGAAAUUAUCUUUUUUGAAAUACUCAGGUUUUCAGAUACUUUGCUCUAGAUAAGCCAUUAGGAAGGGGAAGAAAAGCUACAGAGUGACUUCACAUCAUUUUCAUAACGCAGAGUGAAUUCAUAUUAUUUAGAGCAAUAUUACGUUAAUCCUUUCAUGGCAGCAUUUGGAGACGCAGACUGUUACAGCUGUUUUGUUACCAGCCCGUAUUUAUCUAAAGGUUGAUGCUGAUGCUAUCAGUGAAGUCAUCCCUUCAUCUGUGCCCCACCAUGAACAAACCACAGGACUGAAAUGAACUGCUUGGUGUGCUCUGCCCCAUUUGUUUGCAUUGCUGUGCUGCCCAGUAAAUGGCAACACAGUGACCAAACCAACACACUGCACUCCCUGACCAGUGACCAUACAGAGUAGCUUGGUAGCCUAUAUGUAAGACUUAUUUUAUAACGUUUGCUAAUGUUCUUUUUUUAGACUUUCAUUUCCUACUGGGGAUUAUAUGGCUGAACUGUAAACACGUUCUAAUAAAACUGCAAAUAAACUGCUGAACCAAUUUC